GAAGCCGGAAGUCAUCACACAGAAAACAGGAGACUCCAAUGAAUGGCGAGGAGCAGCGUGAUGUGAUUUCAUCCAGAGUUCCUUAGAGUUGAUGAGAUGGACGACAUGGUGAGAGCCCGGAGGGAUGAACCACAGACAGACUUUGUGUACUGCUCUGGAGCCAUCACAGAGGUUCUGAAGUUUGGCUCCUGUCAGUUACACUCUGGACACAUGGUGCUUUUUCUCAUCCUUCCAGGUAACCCAGGUGUGGUGGGCUUCUACAGAACCUUCAUGCAGACACUUCACAGUAUGUUUGGAUACCGUCACCCAGUGUGGGCUGUGAGCCACGCUGGCCACUGUGUACCUCCAGACUCCAUGGAUAUGGUAGAAGACGCAUCUUCAGCAGCAGAGGGCGAUGUGUUUGGGCUGAACGGGCAGAUCGAACACAAGCUGGCCUUCAUCAGGAAACAUGUUCCCAGAGAAACCAGCCUGGUCUUGGUGGGACACUCUAUUGGCUGUUACAUUAUUCUGGAAGUGAUGAAGAGAGACCCUGAACUCAAGGUUACAAAGGCCAUCAUGCUGUUUCCCACCAUCGAGCGCAUGGCUCAGACUCCUCAGGGGAAGGUCAUGACCCCCGUGCUGUGUCACAUGCGAUACGUGGCCUACCUUCCUCUCUUCCUGCUCUCUCUGCUGCCAGAGGGACUCAAAACCAGCCUCAUCAAACUGGUGUUUGGUGGCAUCCGCUCUCUGGACCACAGUGUAGUCCAGCCCACUGUGGGUCUGCUCAAUGGAGACUGUGCAGCCAAUGCAAUGUACAUGGGGGGUCAGGAGAUGAGGACAGUUCUGGAAAGAGACAACACAACCAUCAGGAAAAAUCUUGACAAGCUAAUAUUUUAUUAUGGAGCCACAGACCACUGGUGCCCCGUUCAGUAUUACCACGACAUCAAACAGGACUUCCCACAUGGAGACUUCAGACUGUGUGAAAACGGCUUCCGCCAUGCCUUCGUCCUCGACACAGGAAGAGAAGUUGCCAAAAUGGUGGUUGAGUGGAUCAGUGGAGAUUUGAGGACAUGAGUUUAUUAUUUUUUUACUAACCAUCUACUACACUCAGUGACAGACCAGGCUGUUUUUAUGAGCAGAGAGUUUAAAACAUUUCAAGUAUUAGUUUCUAUUUUUAUGGUUAAAAUGGUUCACAAUAAAAACCUUAAAUAUGACAUGACAGUUGAUAUAAAGUGGUUUUACAGAAUCAAAUCGAACUAAGACAUAUAUUUUAUAAAAUAUUUUAAUUAUACUGUUUGGAUUCAGCCGUCUUUCUCCAAAGAUGAAUUAAAAAAAGCAUCAAAGACUCCUCUGUAGCACUUCUCAUGCUCACACCUGAUGAGUUUGAUUAUUUAAUUAAAUUCUUUAAUGUCGCCAUUUUGCACUUCUGCCAAUUUUAUUUGACGUGAUUCUUUUACCUGUACUAAUACUGUAACAAUACGUGCAUUCCAUUUGUGAUGACUUGAACAGCGUGUGCAAUGUUUUUCUGUGAUGCUACCUGUGAAUGUGAUGAGAAAGUUACAUUCAACGUAAGCUCCACUCACUACGCACAGUGAAUGGAGCUUACACGGUUCACAAAGCAGGAAUCAAGAAACGAUUCAAUUAGUUUCAUUCCAAACUCACCAGUGGACACAUAUUGAUCUACCUUUGGUGAUGCACUGCACUAACCUUUGACACUGUUUCUUUGCAGACAUUGUAAUAACUGAUCUGCUGAAUAAGUUAUGAUGAGGUUAAAUAAACAAAAGAAAAAAAUAUAUAUA